AUGAAACGCACCCAAACCCUGGCCGACGGCCUGCAAACCGAUUUGAUCACGAUGGUGGUGAUUGCCCACGCUCAGGUGAACCGAGCUUUGGUGCUUACGGUGAUGAAACGCAUCAUCGAGGCGUACCUAGACUUCCGAAAACAGGGGCGAGAUUCGAAGCGCCAGCUCGGCGAAUUCAAGGUGGCGAUGAACGCCAUCAUCAAGAGAGAGGAACAGACUUAUGACCUGAAUCACCAGUUAUUCCUGUACGGCGCCACCAAUGACGACGGCGCCAAUAUCACCCCUAACCAGCUUGUAUUGGCUAAUGAGGAAGUCAACGAAGUGCGUGAGCUCAUGUUGGACAAUAUCAACAAGAUAUUGGACCGUGGUGAACGCAUCGACUCGUUGGUCGACCAGACGGCGCAGUUGCUGACGCUGCUGGUGGUGUUCUACAAGAAGGCGCAGCAGAUUAAGCGCCACAUGUGGACUCAACGAAUGAAGUUCACGUUGAUGGUGCUGGCAAUUUUCGCCGUCAUUGUUUAUCUAGUCAUUGGCGCCAACUGUGGCUACCCGUUAUGGAACCAGUGCUUUGCCUAA